AUGUUAUUACCAAUAACAAUAAAUAACUUGGUUGGCAUUGGAAGCAUUGCAGGAGGCACAAUUAUUGGCACCCUGGGCUUCAAAUGCGUCGACAUAAUAAUGAGCUUCUUUGGAUCGAUAUUGGGAGCACUCCUGGUCUAUUGGACCUCGCUCGAAUAUCCCUUUCCAGUGGCGGUACACGUGAUCACCUCAUUCAUGUUCUCCGUCGUGCUCUCAUUCAUCUGUAUGCGAUACAAGAGUGUACCCUGUGCUAUAAUCGGUCUGAUCACAGCUGCCUGGAUGUCAAAUGCCUUCCUGGGCGUCAUGCCACAGACCAACGUGAUGCAAUUCAUCAUUGCCUGUCUGUUCAUCUUCUUCCCGGUUGUGUUUGGCCUGUCACCAUUCAUUUGCGUCAUGUCCACGUCGUCCUUCUACGGCAGUUGGUUCAUUGUGAGCGGAAUUGACAAGUUCAUGGACGUUGGCUUCCCCAGCAUCAUGUCGAUGCUCCUCGACCAUCAAUGGGCCACCAGGAUCAAGUGCGGCUCGUCAUCGUUCCUCCUGUCACUGCUCCUGGCCUCUCUCACCAUGCUCUCGUUCACCCUACAGUACUACACUGUGAACAGCCUUAACCUCAGAGAGAACUGGGAUCGUGAUCCCCUGGAGGUGUGCGUCGUCAGCAGCAGCAACAACAGUGACAACGACAACAGUGAAUCGAAAGGUCUUCUCGACGAUGCAGAGGAUGACGAGGAUGAAAUGGAUGGAGAGACCCCUUACAGCGACCCAACCAACAACAUUGACCGUUCCUAUUUGUACAAAGAGAAGAAGAUUGUCGAGGAGACGGUCCCU